AUGCCGACAACGGAACCGGAUGCACACACUGCAGAAACCAUCCGCAACCCCCCCAGCCGUUGCAACCUGGAGAACAGCCACUUGGCGGAUGGUCCGCAAACAAAUUCAGCACCAAAACGGCGCCCUCGUGCAUGUCAGGCGUGUCGGGAUAUGAAAAUUCGCUGCAUCCCAUCCCAUGGGCGGCAAGCUUGCAAAGCAUGCGCCAAAGUCAGCCGGGUCUGUGUGGUGGCAGGGCCAGCUCGCUCAAGUCAGCGGCGAGCACCAAUAGUCGCUGAGCUUGAGAAGAAGAUCGAUGCUUUGACCGCGUCCCUGAAAGCACAAGCACAGAAAGAACGAACGGCACCAGCGGGGCCACUUGUCGCAGAGCCAGUCAAUGCUGGUAUGGUGUACAACUCGCAUGCCUCUGAAUCUGGCGCAGAACCUGACGCGGAACGGGAGCUUCCUUCUAGCGAAGUCGUGGACGAAGAAUGUCAAAGCUUCCGAGACGGUGAAACGGACUCUGGCAACGAUGUGAUUGAUCGUGGGCUAUUGAGCCUGGAAGAGGCAUCCCAAAUAUUCACUCGGUUUUUUUGCGAGAUUAACCCACUGUGUCCGAUGGUGGCUUUUUCGAAUGACACGUGCCUACAAAACAUGCGCCGGAGCAAGCCGACCCUGCUGCUUGCUAUUCUUGGCGUUUCAAGUGGGAGUAUCCUUCCCCAACUGCAACCGAUUCUCGCUGUGGAGUUGGCACGUCAGGUUGCGGAACGGGUCAUGUUUCGCACGGAGAAAAGCGUGGACCUCGUUCAGGCUAUGCUAGUUUACGCAGUGUGGCAUCUUAAACAUCGUGAAACCAAAGAUAUCGGCUUCAAUCAGUACAUACAUUCUGCUGCGGUUAUGGCAAUGGAACUUGGCCUCGGAAACCGGCCCAGUGCCAGCCCAGUCAAAACAAAGGAAGAUGAGGCUGAGAUGCGGCGAACUUGGCUCACCUGCUACUACACAACUCAAAUGGCUUCCACAAUCCUCCGCAAUCCCCCGUUAAUUCGAUUUUCGCCAUACAUUGAUGAAUGUCUUAAGUUCUUUGGCGACAGCCCCGCAGCUGUUCCGACAGACAUUACCCUCUGCACAAUGAUGAAGCCAGUCAACUCGUGGUCGAGCAUGAUCCCAGAACACAAUAUCAUCUCCAUUCUUUCAAUAAAAGACUCGUCGAAUGGAAAGAGAAUGCCACUCGAAGCAGCAAUCCAAGUGCGUACCAUGAUCACUGUCAAUUUAAGUAUCUCAGUAAUUCUGAUGACUGACGCAGAUAUGCUCGACCAUAUGUUUGAGAUUGGCCGUCUGUUCGUGCAUGAGAUCGCUGUUCGUUAUAAUACCACUUCUGACCCAAAUUCAACACCGCCUCCCGUCACCGCAACGCACAUCGAAGCAUUGACCACUUGCGUUGUUAGCAUUAGUGGAGCACUGGAAUCUUUCCUUCGAUUGGACUCGCGAGUAUACCGUGUGAUUGAUUGCCCAUACAUGACUUGGACUCUGUACGCCGCUAUUGUAAUGGUGCGGCUGUCAGAACUACUUCAUUCGCCACUGACCAGAUUGGGGGAUGUGUUCCUCCCCGACAUGAAGACAAAUUUCUAUCUCAGCGCAAUAAUCCGGAAGCUAACUGUUUUGUCUGAAUCAGACGCCAAUCCAACCGCACAGGGCUUCUGUGGCGGAUUUAAACGAUUGCAGUCUUGGCAUACUCAGAGAAGCAACAGUCAUUCCAUUCCAGAUCUAAUCAACGGAAUCAAAUCUAGCUUGGGAAAGAGCAGGUCAACUAGGAAGCAAAAUUCAGGGACGGAACACCCUGCUCCUGACGGUACAUUCAGUCAUGGACUGGAGUUGCAGACAGGAGAAGUUCUGGCAACGCCAAAUUCACCUGUCAAUUCCGAUUCCUUAUUCCAAAAUCAUUCGCCAUUCAAUCUCGCUAGCUGGAACGUGGCGAUGGAGGACUCGACUGGUUUCGAACCAUUCCUCAAUAAUGUAGGGUUUUGGCUAGAGGCUUAG